AUGGCGCUGAGGCGACAGCUGUGGCAGAAGCCGCCGCGCCUCUGCACGCUCUCUGCCCUCGGCGCGCCUCGCCAGGACGCCCCGUUUCGGCGCAAUGCCGUCUCCAGCUCAUCAGCGACCCCUGGUCGGAGGAGACUGGCAUCUCAGGCUGCCUCGCAAGCAGCCGUCCAGCAUCCCCAGUUCGCAGAGUUUCUCCCGCCGCGCGACCGCACGGAGCUGGACGAUGUCUUGAGCGCUGUUCAAACCAAAGAUACCAGCCAGAUCCUCGAAGCCUUCUUGGCCUGGGCCGAUGUCCUUGCUGACACGUCGUCGCCUCUAAAUGACGCUGCUGUGAGGCAAGCGCAGGAUCUUCCAGGGCCGACCUUCUCGGAGAUACUGCGCAGCCUCGACCCGGUGGCAUCGCAGGCUCACGAUGUCGCCCACGGGCUCAACGUAACGCAGGGUCAGACUCAGUUCACCGACGUCGGCGACUUGGUGGAUGAGUUUGGCGUGCGCACGCGACACCGCAGACUCCUCCCAGCACUGCAGGUGCUUAUGGCUCUACGGGCAGCCUCGCGAAACGGCCUCACCCCGUCCGACUACGAAGUGUGCCUCCGCUGCGCCGGCGCCGCCGUCGACUACCAGGCCGCCAAGGCCAUCUGGACGUCCAUGGCCGGCCACGGCGCGCAGGAGUCGCGCACCUCCAAGACCUGGAACGAGUUCGUCAAGGCGCGCUUCAUCACCGAGGCCCUGUACUACCAGUUCGACCGCUCCCGCGUCGCCAACCUCGCGCGCGACAUGUACAGCAACCGCACCCCGCUGCCCAUGGCGACGCUCAAGCGCAUGGACGGCAUGCGCCUCAGCAUCAACGCGCUCAAGCGCGAGCCCUGGAACCGGAGGCCCGACGAGCCCGACGAGGACCUCCGGCGACUCUUCCGCCGCCGCGCCGACUUCCGCGGCUACAAGGGACACUGGAUCCGCGCCCUGUACUACGGCCACGAGAUGGACGAGGCGCUCCUGUGCACCUCCAUGAUUGCCUUUGCGCGGUCCAGCUCCCUGCACUCCAUCAAGACCAUGAUCUUCAAAAACUACUACGGCAUCGACAUUGAAGAGGCCGCCGACCAGCCCGCGCGCGUUCACGUCUCAGGCGGAGUCGACCUACCACCAGACUCCCCCAUCAGGCCCACCGCGCGCCUCCUGGACGCCAUCGUCGAGGCCUUUGGCUCCAUGUCGCAUAUCCCCCUCGGCAUGAAGCUCGUCGACUUCGUCUCCCGCCGGUACGACGUGCCCAUUCCCGCCGAGACGUGGUCCAACAUCCUCAGCUGGACGUAUCUCUGUGCCUCCAAGCCUUUCAAGCCCAUGCGACGCCUCCAUGGCGACUGGCAAGCGACCGCCACCACGGCCGCCGACGUGCGGCAGGUCUGGGACGUGAUGACGUCGGAGCCGUACAACGUCCAGCCCUCGUUUGACGACUUCGACGUCUACAUCAAGACGCUCAUCACGCAGCGGUCUUUCGGCCGCGCGCUCGACAUCAUCCGGCAACAGAUCCAGCCAUACUACAACUCCCUCGUCGAGGAAUACGAAAAGGCCCUGCUCGACGAGAUUCUCCAAAACGACAUUCCCCUCCCGCUACCCUCCUCCUCCUCGGCCAGCACAUCUUCCUCGCCGCUGACCUCCCCCGCCCACCGCCGCCGCCUCCAAGCCCAACUCCGCAAGGACGACGCCCACCACCGCAUCUCCACCUGGUUCGACCGCCUCCUCAAGACCGCCUCCUCCAACCGCGGCCACCGCGCCGGCCCCGUCGCCCGCGUCCUCAUCCCCGACCUCCUCGCCGAGUUCCCCGACUUCUUCCACCACCAGCUCCGCUACCGCACCGACCAGGGCCUCGUCCAGCUCGCCCGCCCCGAGGCCACCCGCCGAUUCGAGUGGUCCCGCGGCUGGCGCACCACCCUACCCCAGAAGAAGGCGGGCAUUCACGUCCGCGAUGUCGAGGGCGCCGAUCAGCCCGACUUCCCCUGGCCGCAGGUGCCCACCAUGAGGGUCCUUGAGUGGCGGCGCAGGCCAAAGACCAGGCUGGGCAAGCUGGGCAGGGCGCCAGCCGACGAGGACAAGAGGGAGUGGUGGGAUAGGCUAGAGGAAGAGCUGAUGCGGUAG